CGGCCCCUCCACGGCGCCGCCGUAGCGAUGACCUCAUCAGAGCGCGCCGUCGCCGAUGGCGGAACCCGGGGCGCGCGGCCGCGAGGAGAGCGGGGACCCGGGCUCGAGCCAGGAGACGUUCCCGGCUGCCUCGUCCCCCCCGGGGCUCGGGGUUGCUCCCGCGGCCUCCGAGGAGCCGCCGGCCGCGGCCGAGAAGAGCGAGCGGGAGGCGGCCGCGCCCAGCGAGCCCAAAGCGGACGGCCAGGCGGCGGAGGUGAACAGCCAAGAAGGUUUGGAAUUAGCGUCAGCUGAAUCUGAGGACUCUACAUUGCAGUCUUCUGCAGCUAAGAAGAUAAAAAUAGAGAUAAAAGAGAAGAAAGAGAAGAAGCAGAAAGUAGAUGAAGAUGAGAUUCAGAAAAUGCAAAUAUUGGUUUCUUCCUUUUCUGAAGAACAGCUGAACCGCUAUGAGAUGUACCGCCGGUCUGCUUUCCCCAAGGCUGCUAUUAAACGGCUGGUCCAGUCCAUUACUGGGACUUCUGUCUCUCAGAAUGUGGUUAUUGCCAUGUCUGGGAUUUCCAAAGUCUUCGCUGGGGAGGUGGUAGAAGAAGCACUGGAUGUGUGUGAGAAGUGGGGAGAAUUACCACCUCUUCAGCCCAAACACAUGCGUGAGGCAGUCCGGCGGCUGAAGUCACGGGGGCAGAUCCCCAAUUCGAAGUAUAAAAAAAUCACCUUCCAUUGAAGUGAAAACUAGACAGCAGUUUAAGAAGCAGGAGAUCCUGGAGAAGCUGGAAGAGAAUAGACUACUAGGUAUAAACCAUCACCUCAGAACUGCUUAAGUAGAAAGCUUCCAAACCUUCUGCUCUUCUAGUGUCUGCAGUAUUAAUUACUAUGCCAGUACCAAAACAACCUAAAAAAAGUUUCUUAAAACAAAGCUGAACGGAGUGCAUGUGGCCAGUUUCUCAGACUAUGAAAUGCUUCCGUAUACAACUUCUCCAAGAUUUGUGGUAGACAGAUAUGAAAAAUUACUGUUGUGGUUAAAGUUUAGAAUAACUUUGAAACAGCAGUGCAGACAGCAGCCUUGUUCACUUAAGUUUGUAUUUUAGUACUAAACUCCUUGAAGGAAAGGCCUCUAUAUUGUAUCCUGUGCGUAGGAGUCCUUAUUUCAACAUGCACUAGCAAACCUCAUCAAGUGACUGCUUAAGUUUGUUUCUCUCUUUAAACAUUUCCUAAGAAACUUGCAAUAAAAGGUUCUGGUGGUAGAGAGGGGCAAUAACUGAAUUGGAAAUGUUGUCAGGGCCAUCAGACUUUAUAGCUGUGGCUAUGUGAAACGGAGCUAAACACUUUAACAGAAAGGAUAAAAGCCUUUGGUGCAAUAGGCUUUUUACUUACGGAGAGGAUACUGGGGGGGGGAAAUGAGGGCUACUGCUAUAACAGGUAUAUCUAUAGUCUGUAUAGAAAGGGGGAUUUGAUACAAUGAACACUUAUUAAACUUGGUGUUCAAUUAAAUAGCUUGUGACCUGGA